GAGCCAUCACGCCUUCCAACACUAUGUACACGUAGAAAUAAACAGACAACGUCGCCGAUGUCUUAAUUUUGAUAAAAACUACAACGAAAUGCAAUAAUUUAAGUGUGAUACGAUAGAUAAGCAUCUAACCGAGGAACGGGAGGCGCUCCAGCUUCUGUUUUGAUAACGUACAGCAAUCGCUGUCAACAUGCAGAGCAUAAGCAGCGGCAAGCGUACGAGCUCACGGCAUGUUGCCGUCGUUUUGAUGAUGUGCCUCUUUUGGUACAUCAUCUCGUCCAGCAAUAAUGUCAUUGGUAAAAUGGUGCUCAACGAAUUCCCUUUCCCCAUGACGGUGACUGUCGUGCAAUUGUGCAGCAUAACCCUGUAUAGCGGACCUUUCUUUAAUUUGUGGCGUAUACGCAAAUACCAGGACAUUCCACGUCCCUACUAUAUGCGUUUGAUAGUGCCAUUGGCUGUGGGAAAGCUGCUUGCGUCUGUCACAUCGCAUAUAUCACUGUGGAAAGUGCCCGUCUCCUACGCACAUACAGUAAAAGCUACGAUGCCACUAUUUACCGUUGUUUUGACGCGCCUUUUCUUUGGCGAGAAACAGCCCACACUUGUGUACCUGAGCCUGUUACCCAUCAUAACUGGCGUUGGAAUAGCGACUGUAACGGAAAUCUCAUUCGAUAUGAUGGGUCUAAUAAGCGCGUUAAUUUCCACAAUGGGUUUUUCGUUACAAAACAUUUUUUCCAAAAAGGUGCUCAAGGACACGGGUAUACAUCAUUUACGGCUGUUACAUCUACUUGGCAAGCUCUCGCUGUUUAUUUUCCUGCCCUUCUGGCUCUACAUGGAUAGCAUGAACGUUUUUCGACAUACGGCCAUUAAAAAUCUGGAUUAUCGCGUUAUUGCACUCCUCUUUGCCGAUGGUGUACUGAACUGGUUGCAAAAUAUAAUUGCCUUUAGCGUUUUAUCGCUAGUCACGCCUCUUACUUAUGCUGUGGCCAGCGCUUCAAAACGCAUUUUUGUAAUUGCUGUUUCGCUGUUAAUUCUGGGCAAUCCUGUCACGUGGGUCAACUGCCUGGGCAUGACAUUGGCCAUUUUCGGUGUGCUCUGCUAUAAUCGUGCUAAGCAAAUCUCAAAGGCAAGGGAACAGCCACCACUGCCACUAACGCAUAGCAAUCACAUCAAAUACAGCCCAUUACCAAAUGACGCCUAUUAUAGGGGUGCCGUAAAUGGCAAACUCUCAAAUGGCCUGCACAAACCGACAAUGACAACAACGGCGACCAUGACAAACAGUUUGCUAGCCAAUGGAAGUGGUAUGCCAAAUGGCAGCGCAACGAGGCUGCUCUUCGUUUAGUUUUUAGAGCCAUAGAGAAGUUCAGGCGGGUUACAGUCCUGGAUUUUGUACCCGCCAAAAAGCAUGCUAACACUAUAUACAUCUAUUUUAAUCGCAGAAAAAAAAUCCAAUCCCAGUCCUUGUCAUCAUUAUGUAAUAUCAGUUAUCUUCAUUGUACAGUAUGGUAUUUUCCGUUAAUCCUUUUUUGUUGAACCAAAUUUUGUGCUUUCUGUCCUUUUACCUUUAUGCUUUAUGCAAGCCCAAUCGCGCCUUAAAUUUUUGUUGUAUGUAAAUUAUUUGUAAGAUAAUUGAAUUGCUACACAUGUAUGUAGGUACUAUGUAAAUAUUAAGUUGCCGCACUCUGGCGUCCGACUAUGAAGCGAGCUCGACCCAAGCUCAGCCUCAAUUGCCAGUCUGCGUCAGUUUCGAAUUCGUUUGAAUUUGAUUAAGCCUCAAAGUGUAUUUUAAAAUGCAAAUUGUAUAGUAAAUAGAAAAGAAAAAAUGCGCAAUAAAAUUGUUGACCAUGUACAUAGGCAUAAUGUAAACAGAAAGAACACUA